GCAUUCGCGAAGAGGGUGGUAGAAGGGAUAACGUGGUGGUGUGGUGGUAUGCGUGAUGAGCGCCGGGCGCUCAAGCCCGCCAGUAGUUCGGCGGAGCUGGAGAAGGUUAGGUCGGGUCGCAUUCCUCGCGAAUGCUUGACGCUUGACGGCACACGACAACGGCGACAGGCAACGGAAUCGCGCGACGAGCUUACGGUACGUCGCCGAUUUCAACAUCUCGCACACCUCUUCGCGCGCGCUCGCUGGCGAGCGUCCGUUGUGAACACCUGCGCUCGGUCUCAUCCCCGUAACGAGGGCGAGUCUCCCUCUCUCGCUCUUGCUCGCUACGCCUGUUCAUCCCCCGCUCGUUGUCUCCACGUCCCUUCAACGUCUCAUCGUCGUUGCAUCGGCUGAACGAGCGCGCGGCCGGUUGUAUCGCUUCGUCGGCGCCGCUCGUACCUGUCGAUACACACUGCUUCGGAGGGAGCGAGGAUAAGCCAGGUACACCGUGUUCCCGGCCUAGUGACCUGACCUUGGAUCGGCCCGACCAGACUCUCGUAUUCAACGUUGCCAUGCAUGGAUUUUAAAUCUCCGUCUCCGUCAGGAGGGCUUGUGGAGUCAGGCGCGACGCAGAAAGGAACUCCGACAAUGUGAACGUAUAAAUAAACGCAAAUGCCCAACAAGGCACGGCCUCGUCAAGAGUGGUCUCCUCAAUCCCCCAUAGAUGUCUUGUGGAUGCCCCGCUCUGCCAUGAGGCCGGCCGAGGGUGACGCGUCGGAUUGCAUUUUGGUGGUCGGCAUAUCCCGACCGAAAAUGGCCGUCGCAUUUCUGUCGGUCGCUCUACUGUCCCUCUUCCUCACCUUUCACAUACUUUACGACAGCGCCGUUUACAGCCUCCACGCGGUGUCCGCCGUCGAGGGGCGCACGGUCGAGCUAGUCUCUCAGGUACGCGCGACGCCGCCCCUUCUGUUCUCCAACUCCAAGGUUCACUUUCCGCGCACGAAUCGCCAUCUCCCGCAGGCCAUCAUAAUCGGCGUACGCAAAUGCGGCACGCGGGCGCUGCUGGAGAUGCUCUUCCUGCAUCCACAGAUACAGAAGGCCGCCGGCGAGGUGCACUUCUUCGACCGUGACGACAACUACGGCAAGGGUCUCGAGUGGUACCGUCGCAAGAUGCCGUACUCCUUCAAGAAUCAGAUCACGAUCGAGAAGAGCCCCAGUUACUUCGUGACUCCCGAGGUGCCCGAGAGGAUUCGCGCGAUGAACGGAAGCGUGAAGUUGCUGCUGAUCGUGCGGGAACCGGUUACCCGGGCGAUAUCGGAUUAUACGCAGCUGCGCACGCACGCCGCCACCGCGUCCACGCUGACCAAUGGCACCCGCAGCAGCAGCCAGCAGCAGCAACAACAGCAGCAGCAGCAGCAGCAACAGCAGCAACAAGCGUCGCGCUCCUUCGAGGAGCUUGUCAUGCGGCCAGACGGCACUAUCAACGAGUUCUACAGACCGGUCGCCAUCUCCCUUUAUCAUACCUAUAUGCACCGCUGGCUGGAAGUGUUCCCGCGGGAGCAGAUCCUCAUCGUGAACGGCGAUCAAUUGAUCGAGGACCCGGUGCCGCAGCUGCGCCGCAUCGAGAACUUUCUCGGGCUGGAGCCGCGCAUCGGCCGGCACAACUUCUACUUCAACCACACCAAGGGCUUCUACUGCCUGCGGAAUGACACCUCGGAGAAGUGUCUGAAGGAGAGCAAAGGCAGGCGUCACCCGCGCGUCAGUCCGAUGGUCGUGACGAAGCUGAGGAAGUUCUUCAACGAGCACAAUCAACGCUUCUACGAACUCGUCGGCGAGGACCUCGGCUGGCCGGAGGAAUAACCAUCGUGGAAAGUCCUGACGAUAUGUUCGUUAUCGGCGCCGCUCGCGCGUGCAUCCAGCGAUGAAUAUGAUUAUUCGACUAAAAUCAAACAGCUCCCGUCAUCGCGGAAGAGAAAAGCAUGUUAACCGAAGAGAGAGAGAGGUCGUCGUCGUCGAUGAAGAUUCUUCGAAAUAUUACACCGCUUCGAUGCUCGUCUUCUUCGGGGACGCCGACAAAGAUAAGUAAUUUAUUCAUUAUUGACUCGCUUGUUUUGCAAGCGAUCGUUGAUGCGACAUCGUAAUUAUUAACGGAUGCACGCGAGAUCAGCGUCUUGUUAUUGAAUUAUCAAAGCGUGCGCGUAUGCGUACACGAAGACACGCACACGCCGUGUAUACACGCAUACAAACAUAUACAUACAGACAUACAUACACGUAAACACAAGAGUUACAGUAACGCCGGCCAAAAUAAAAUAGAUACGCGGAUCCGCGAGACGAAGGCGGUCGCUUCGUGGAUUCACGCGGCAUGCGGAUCACAUUGGUCCGUGACUUUACAUAUCAAUUUUACAUAUCGAUAGUUUACAUAUCAACAUAGGUUAACUAGUUCGUAACGACAAAGAUUGAAUAUUUUUAUAAUCCACAUUGGAAGUUGUUAUAUCGCUUAUGUCGUUAAGGAUAUUACAUUAUUAACGCGAGUGAGGGCUCUCGCGCGAGAUCGUUGAGAUCAAAAGUUUUAUUUAUUGCGCCCCGCGCCUGCACGAUUCGCCAUCGAAUGUGUAACGGUGGAGCGGUAAUGGUAUGAGUGGUUUGCUUUUUCGCAAAAGAAAUCGAAAGCCGGACGCAAUCUUUUAUUUUCCACUCGUCUCUCCCGAGUUUAUCUCUCUCUCUCUCUCUCUUUCCCGCUCCUCGGCGGAAAAGCGCGAACGUUCUUCUCCAUCGUUCUCUGACACUGGAUAUUGACGCAAGCGUUCCUCUGGGAACACGAAGAGAAGAUAGGGUGGAAUCCGACCAACCGCGAAUAAACUCGUCAGCGGUAGCGCAGAGGUGGAACGGCUCUUGCCGAGGCUUUAUACCGUCGAAAUCCUUAUAAUCGAUUAUUUUCCAAAUCCCGUUACGAUUUGAAAAUUUAUAACGGUUUACACGUAUAACAAAUAAGUCCUUUUAAAAAUUCGACUCGACUAUUACACGUACGAAUGUGUGAAUGCGAGACACAAAAACGCGUUAAGAAUUUAUCUCGACGACGUAUACUUUCUCUCUCUCUCUUCUCAUUAAGAGAGAUCUUAAUAAUUACGCACAUGUUUAAUAAUUUGGCUCGACGAGGAUAAUGGACGUCUCGCGGUGAAAGCUAAUUAUAUACAGAUCCACCUUACAGUCCGUACGCGCCGUUUAUAAUAUAAUAUCGUACUGAUCAAGAAUUACAUUGAGAGAAGAAAUGUGAUCGCAGUAACUAUCACUCGCUAUAAUUUACAUUACACUAUAUUUACUUUUUGGCGCCAAUCAUAUUUUUAUAGAUAUUUUAUCUACGCAAAUUAGAGCUAAUUCAACACUGCUAUGGCCGGUAUAAUAUGAUAAUUGAUCAUAAUAUUAAUUUGUAUAACCAACUCCAAAA